GAAUAUCUAGUGAUGCAUAAAUACAUACCAUACAUAAAACCUUAUUGAAUAUCUCAAUGUCGGGUGUAUUGAACCUAUACAGUAAAAAUAUCGAUGAACUAUAAUAUACACAUUAUUGAGAACAAGGUAAAAAUAUAAAUUAUCCAGGACAUAUUAAUUUCAUAAUCCGUUACAUGUAUUGAUACAUUGUGAUCAUACUUUCUUAAUCUACGUAGUUGAUAAAAUUCACAAGCUAUUAACAAAGAAGAAAAUGAAGACCAUCAAACUGAAUAUAUCAGCUGCAUAUCAGAUGUUGUUUAUUUUGUUUACAGUGGUAUCCUGUUGCAAUUCUGUAAGGCACAAGAAGGAAAAAUACAUUACACACGUGAAGUACAGAGAACACAAGCUUGUGAAAAGGGCCGUUUCCGGUCCAAAUACGACAGACAGUACAGACAUUUCAAAUACAACGCAAAGCACAGACAGUUCGAAUUCAACACUCAGUGUCGUCAACAUUACCUCGUCAACUGGAAGUGAUGUGGCCACAACAACAAAUAGUUAUGAGACAACAAAUAAUAAUGAGAUUACAAAUAGUAACGAGACAACAACAAAAUUUGAAACAGCAAAAAGUUUUGAAACAACAAAAAGUUAUUCGACAACAAAAAGUGAUAGCGCAAAUUCAACAGCAACAUCAACAGUUACACCAGAGACUACAACACAGAAUAUACCAAUUGGUCAAACAGACGGUCCAUCAAAUACGACAACGACAACAGACCACCAUACUUAUUAUAAGUCGAGAAUGUUUUCCGACCCGAAAGGGGCCUAUUGGAAUGAGUUGCAUGGACAUACGAGACAUUCUUUAUCAAAUGACAAACAUCUUGUGUACUCGUUUGUUACAAUAUCUUUUGAAUUUCCAUUCUACGGUCACAUGAUACAGAAAUUUGCAAUUACGCCAUUAGGAUUUUUGUACAUGAGUUCAUUCACACAUCGACAACUGGAUUAUGCAUACACCCAUUACAUCGCUCCCCUGAUGGCAAACUUUGAUACCAUUGGAAAUCAUUCUGAAAUAUUGUACAAAGAUAACGGUAACAGUUUUGUAAUUGAAUGGAGAGACAUCGAAUUAAAUGACCAAACAGAGAAAGGGAACUACACGUUUCAAGUAACACUUUUUCAAAAUGGUACAAUAAUGUUCGUUUACAAAUCAAUUCCCGAUACUAAUAUCUCGGCAGAAAACUGGCCUGUUAAGAUCGGACUGUCUGACGCUUUUUAUUAUGAUGUUGACAGUUUUUUCGGAUUCAUUAGAUAUAUAGUUAAAUACCAUUCUGUUGAAUUCAAUUUGACGAGCUUGGAAGAUAAUAAAGUGAUAAUUUUGGAUCCUGUACCAACAUGUAACCUAGCAACUACAUGCGAGGAGUGUACAACUCUGAAAAUAGAUUUUGAGUGUGCAUGGUGUCCGAGUGUGUCCAGAUGUUCAGAUAGUCUUGAUAGGCACAGACAAGAAUGGUUGAACAAAAAAUGUGAAUCAAGCGCCAUAACAGAUAACAGUUCUUGUUUUGCGUCGACCGGAUCACCACCAUCAGGUUCUGUUUCAGACGAUGAUUCACCGGGAUUUGUUUUUACCUCAGAUGACAAGGACAGUAUCAAGAGUUCUAAAUCUGGUGAAAGAGACGGAGCCAAGAAGACUGCAUUAAUAGUUGUACCCAUGGUAGCAGCUGUUGUUCUUAUAGUUGUGUUUAUUAUUGGAUGGGUAUUUUACGCACGAGCAAAUCCAACUUCCAAAUCAGGACAAUUUCUCAUAAAGAAUCGACCAAGUCAACUUAAAGAAAAGUUUCAUAGUGUUAGUUUCUUAAGUUCGGAAACAGGACAACGUGUUCGAAUACACGAUGAAAUGCCCGACGUCGAACAUCCAGCAUCUGACACGUAGUUUUGAGAACAUUUUGACUUCAGUAAGAUUAUAUUUAAAGGUGCUUUCACCAUAGUGCUUUAAAAUGAAUUGAUGAUUAUCCAAUCAUUGCCUAGUUUGUUUUACUGGUUACUCAAAAUGACAAUCACAAGCUGUUUUUAUCUGUGAUACAUGACUUGUUCUUCGAUACCCUCUGCGUUUUUCUUCACAUGUUAAAGAGGGUAGUAAGGUGAGCAAAUGUCAACUAUUUUCCGUCGUCUUUUUAUUUGGACAUAAUUAUGUCAGGUAUUAAAUCUCAACUAACAUCGAUCAUUUAUCUAGGCAUUACUCAUAUUUUCAACAAUGGUUUAUGUGUUUAAUGUAAACAAAAAAAAUUAUUAAAUUUCCAGAUUUGAAUUUGGUAGACCAUGGUUUUCUGAUGUAACAUGCUUUUAAAAUUUCUGCUUCACCAGUGAUUGUGCUAAUUGAUACUAAUAUUGCAAUGAAUUUACUGUAAUAAUAAUAUUUUUAAAAAGUUUCAAAGUUUAAAAUUGAUAUCCGAAUAAAUUAGAUUCGUUACAACUGUAAAUGUUGGACAUUGAAGAGCAUACAAUAGUUAUGCAGAUAGCUGCUUUUGAAGAUUUACUUUAAAAAAAGCGUCCGGGUGGGUGAUAAUAUAAUCCAACUUGAAGAUUCACCAGCCAGAAAAUUUGAAGGUAAAUUUCACUUCUAUACUUUAAUGUAUUCUUACAUGUAUUUGCAUCAUCAUUGUCUGUUGUGCAAGAGUACUGGAAACGGUAUACAUCUAGUUUUUACGUCUCACGUCAUUAAAAUAGAUGCCAUAAACCAUUUAUACAUUUUUGUACUUCUCGUUAUUUUUACAUUUCACGAAUAGAUAUUUAGCAUUAUCACCUUAUCAGUCAACUUAUUUUAUUUUAACGAAAAUCAAAUUUGAUUAAAUUGUUUAUCUUUGUUGAUACAAUUUUUGAGAUGGAAUAUUAUAUAUUCUUAAUCUAGUAUUGAGAAGUUUACUAAAAUGACUUCCUAAUAGCAUUUGUGUUGUUAAAACUUGUAAGUAAAGUAUAUUUCAAAACCAUAACAGAUAAGAUAUAAACGUAGAAAUGAAAGGGACUUACAAGUUUCACUUUUAACAGUGUUUUAUUGCAUUAUUUUUGUAAUAUUUGUUAUCACUUGUUAAAAAUUCCAAUAUAUGUAUUUGUUACAUGUAAUUUACAAUACUCAUCAAUUGUUGAUUUUUUAUUUGCUCGAUUGCUAUGCUGUUCUACUGUUAAUAAAACAAAUAAUUAAUGUCUUACAUUUGGGAGAGGGGGAUCCGUGGGACCUCCAUAAUAAGGUAAUUAUUUUUUCAAUAUUAUACGGACACCUGACCUGACCUUUAGUAUUGCUUUUGCAUUUUCAUGUGAUAUACCUUCUUCUCUUUUUUCUAAUCAAUCGACCUUGACAGUCUUAAGAAUGCCGUCCUAGAACUACUUUACUUAUUAUAUUUAUAACAUUUGUCAUUGUUUCUUGUUUUUGUUAUUGUCAUGGUUACCUUGAAUAAAAUAUUUAUAUAUUC